AUGCGGGUGAACGCUUGGAGAUCGCGCGGACGCGGCGGUGGGGGGGUCGGGACGACGCGAGGAGGCGCGAGAAGGGCGAGGGGAGGGACGGCGGCGCGCGCGGCGGCGACGAGGUUGGAGGUUUCGAGCGCGGGGGCGAUUUUAGUGCCGCAUCCGGAUAAGGCGGAUAAGGGCGGCGAAGACGCGUGCUUCGUGUUGAAGCAAAGCGGUGCGUUCGGGGUGUUCGACGGCGUCGGAGGAUGGGCGGAGGAGGGGGUGGAUCCGGCGGAGUAUAGCGAAAAGUUUGCCGAGAAAUCCGCGCAGAGCGUGUUGGCGGGACAACGCGACCCGGUCGCGGUGAUGAGGGACGCGCACGAGGCGACGCAGGUGAUCGGUUCGUGCACGGCGUGCAUCGCGGUGUUGAAAAAUGGAAACGUGCUGGAUAUCGCGAACUUGGGCGACGCCGGGGCGUUGGUUUCGCGCGACGGCGGCGUGGUGUUUCACACAAAGUCGCAACAGCACGAGUUCAACUUGCCGUAUCAGCUCGGCUGGACGAAGGUGUAUCCCGAAGGCGAUCGCCCGGACGCGGCGGAUCGCGUCGAGGUAGAGAUGAAACCGGGCGAUGCCGUCGUUUUGGGGUCGGAUGGUUUAUGGGACAACGUGCCGUACGCUGAAGUCGCGGCGCUGUGCGCCGAGCACCAAGGCGACGCCGAAGAGUGCGCCGAGGCCAUCGCGACGCUCGCGUUCGGUUACUCUUGUGAUCCCGAGUACGACUCGCCUUUCACGCAAGAAGCGCGAAAAGCGGCGGAGGGGAGACCGGAAUGGGCCGAUAGAAGAAACUUGAUUGGUGGGAAGAUGGACGACAUCGCCGUCGUGUGCAUGUUCGUAGAAGCUUCGCGAGGUUUGAGCGGUGGGACUUAG